GCUUCAAUAUCGCAUCCGACCACGUCUUCGAUAUAGAAAUUGUUUUCCGUUUCGUGUCUGUGGAAAAGUGCUCAGUCUCGUGAAGGUUCGACAAGAUCGUGGACAUAACUCCGAGGACUUGCACAUCUGAAACCGGGGACUUUGAACCAUCAGAAAGCGCUCCAGAGUGAUUCGCCGAAAAUUGCCUCAAAAAAGUGCCUCGGAAAUAAAGUGGAUAUCUUUUUGACGAAGAGAGUGUUCUUCAAUACGAAACGUCAAAUUUUUGAAAAAUUUGUGACAGAGCCUCACGAGAUGGCUAAGGCGUGCAUAUUGAUUGCGUUGCUGCCGCAGUUGCUUUGUACGCUAGUACAAGGACAGAAAUCUCCGUGUCCUCAAUACUUCACUUUUAUAUCAAAACCUGGAACAGACGAAGUAAUGGGACAGAUCAAAAUUCCAUCCCCAUCAAAAACUGGUGAUCUCCAAUUGAAAAUAGCUUUUCAAAUGAAUGUAAAGUUGCCUUCAAAAUAUGUUGGUCUUUUGGAAUUGGCACGAUCACUAGAGGAAACUGCUCAAGCUGUUUAUCAGGAUAAGAAUGUGUUGUAUUAUGUUCAUUUUCCCUUACGCCAUGUAAUUCCAACAGUGACCGGGAUAUGGUUCAAUGGUCAACAAUAUUGUUCAGGUCACAAAGAUUUUGUUUCAGCAACUGAAGAUAUCAUAAUUACUAACACGUUGGAACAUACUCUGACAUUGCCAGACACGAUCCCACUACAGUAUACGAUACCAAAUACGUCGCCUCAAACUCCAAGAUCAACUCUCUCGCCUCAAACCCUAAGACCGACUUUCUGGCCUCAAAUUCUGAGACUGACUCGCUCACUUCAAACAUCGAGACUGACACCAAUAAGUCAGCCAACUACUCGGAAGAUAACUCGACAGAAAAGGCAGAAAAAAACUACCGUCACCCUCUCUCCGAGAAUUAACCAGAACCCAUUCUUGACGGAUUCCGAUACGUCGCCUCAAACUCCAAGAUCAACUCUCCCACGUCGAACACCGAGACCAGCACCAAUAAGUCAGCCAACUACUCGGAGGAUAACUACUAACGUCACCCUCUCUCCGGGAAUUAACCAGAAUCCAUUCUUGAUGAAUAUUAGCCGGAUCCCGGCGCCGAACUCAAAUUACAAUUGUGGUGUCAACAGUAGAUCUGGACAUCCAAAUUAUCUGGUUGUUAAUGGAGCCAAGACAUCACCAGGUCAAUGGCCGUGGCUAGUGGCACUCUUCGUUGCUAACGAACGGACUGAAUUCGCCUUUCAAUGUGGUGGUAGUAUUUUGACGAAAAAACAUAUUUUAACAGCGGCGCAUUGCCUGAAGUUGGACAAUAGCAACGACACUUUUCCCCCUAAUGUGUUAAAAGUGGCCUUGGGUCAAUUUAAUUUGACCCAUUGGCGUGAAAAGGAAUCCACAACUCGCGACGUCGCAAACUAUAUGAUCCAUCCCAACUAUGCGCAUUCUUUCAACGGCGACUCUGAUUUGGCGAUUUUAAUACUCAGGAAAACCAUCGACUAUAACGACUACAUCAAACCUAUUUGCCUGUGGUCCGGUGCAACCACUCUUCAACAUACCAUUGGACAAAUGGGAUAUGUUGUGGGUUGGGGUUUUGAUGAAGACAAUAAUCGUUUCACUGAGGAUCCACGGUUGGCGAAGCUCAGGAUAGUCAGCCAGAUGGAUUGCCUUAAGAAUGACAGGAGUUUCUACGAUUUGACAUCUGAUCGCACCUUUUGCGCCGGCUUGUCAGGAAGUACUCCUUGUAAUGGUGACAGCGGAAGCGGACUGAUGAUUUUUGACUAUGCUUUGCAACGUUAUCAUUUACGCGGCGUCGUUUCACUAACGAUAAGCAAUGGACCCUUAGAAAUAUGUGAUCCUACCAAGUUCGUUGUUUUUGCUGACGUCGCCAAGUAUCUACCUUGGAUUCAACAGCAGAUCUACCCGUACAGUAAUGAGUAAUCUCUUACCUCUAUUAUGUAAAAUUUAUUAAAAACCAUGGCACUUAAUUAUGCAAAUGAUUUAAGAAUUGAAGUUACAAGAUUUUAUUUUUGACUUUUUACAGUAAUUUCUCGUAUCGUAAUGCAGUUAUCACAAUAGUAAAAUGAAACGUAUAAAGUGAUAUAAUGUAAUUAUUAUAUUAUUAUUGUAGGUUUAUAAAUAAUUAAGAAUAAAUCUUAUCGUAACACGUA